CAACGACAUUUCCAAGAGUUGCCCGAACCCGCUCAAAUACCCGCUCAACAUGACGACGACGGAAUUCAGCUUGCCCCCUGUCAGUGGAGUCAAGCAAAACGAAAUUUGAGGGCAAUGACGACAAAUCUUGACGACAGCUCCGGAGGAAGGUAUAAAGGCAUGGCUUUUCUUCGAGCAUUUUGCCUGGCAUGCGACUUCGACGUCCUUCCCAAUCUACACUCUAUCUUUCCUUGUUUAAGAGUCGAAUUUUCUUUACCUCUGUGUGCCCCCCGUCUCCGAGUUGCAGGCCAGCAAUGGGCAGAAAGGCCUUUUUCCAGGAUGCCGAAAACUUACGCAAACGUCUUGAGCGUUGCGCAGCAAAUGGCUAUGUUCCAAGAGCUCAUGUCGAGGAAGACGCCGUACGGAAAAGGCAUGAUCGUACCGACGAAGUCAAACAACUGCACAAGCACUAUGUGAAGCUCUACGAGGCAUUUUUAGUGUACUGUAACUAUGAAAAAACUGGUUACGAACUAAAACGUGGCUGUCCAGCUCCAGAUCAUGUCGUUAUCAAAGAUUUUAUUCGGUUCUAUGUGCGUUCUGUUCAAGGCGAUGGCCGGCUCAGUGAUACGAAGCUGCCUACUGUUAGGACUACGUUAGCGUGUGCUGAAAGGUUCUUUGGUGGGUUUGAGGAAGCAACCGGCAGCACUAUCAAGAAAGAUGAUCGUGAUGAAGUAUACUCGUGGAUUAAGAAAGGCUUGACGGAAGAGGGGGAGAUUGAGGACGUGAAGAAGCAGAAGUUUGACUUUACAAGAAACGACUACAAAGACCUGGUGGCUUCGAUGUGGACACGCGAUUGCCCUGUCUUCAUCCAUGGGCUUCUUAAAGUUUUCAUGCUGUUCGCACUGCAGGUCUUCCUCUUCACGGGAGCAAGAAUUGGAGCCUUCAUUCCAGAGGACAAACAUAAAGAACUAAGGGGCCUUAGAUUCAAGCAUCUUGAACUGGUCUUAUUCCGCAGCCCCAAUCCAAACGAACCUUGGGAGAUAGGGUUCCGGAUCAAUCAGCAAUGGUUAAAGAAGCACAGAAGUUCAAAGUACACAGUAUUCGGUAUUGGAAUACGAGACCACGCCAGACCACAGUUCGCUUCAGGUAUUAUGCUACUUAUUAUUGCUCUGAAGUACGGGGCUCUCUGGGGUAUCGGCACCCUGGACGAUAUAGCUGAGUAUGAUCUCCGGAAUGGAUCGAGAACGGAAAUUCCCCUCCGCUGGAAGACAGAAGCUCUCGAAGCACCAGUGUUUCGAAACGUCACAGCACAAGGCCCACAGGAGGUGGCCUUAACGAAACAGAGGUUUUGUUACUUUCUUCGUUGGAUUUUUAUUGCCGCGGGGUACUCUAAUCAGCCCUCGAUCCAUGAUAUUCGUCGACAGCUUGGCAAGAAGAUUGAGGCCAGGCAUGGCUCUGCACCGGUGUCGCAGAUAUAUGCCCAUCGAUCUGCCUCAACCUAUCCGGAGCACUACCUAGCACAUUGUUCGUCUAUUGAUACGGUUGGCGACGUUCUCGAUGAACCAAACGAGACCUAUCACAUAGAAUAUUGGCAAGGCUAUAGACAGUUCCGAGAGGUUGGAUUCCCUACCACUCUACCGGCUGAGAAAGAGAAAGCCGUCCUGGAGAACGCGGAGCUUGUUGCACUGAAGUCCCGCAUUCAAGAUUUACUUGGAAAGGGGGAUUUUACAGCCGCAGAAUCCGUGAAAAGGGAGUAUAGGAGGAAACAUGUUCGUCUCCGUGUCGAUGAGCUUUCCCGUCAUCAAGGCGACUGGUUUCAGGAGAGAAGAGACCAGCGGAUUCUUAGUAGAGGGAAGGACGACGUGGAAUGCGCCGAGAACCGCACAUGUACGCGAGCUCUGGCACGUAUCAUGCCCGAGCUAGAGUUCCUAGGGGCAACAUUAUCUUCUGCGGAGCCACUGUCAUUUGAUCAAAAGCUCCUAUUUGCGGAAAAUAUGCUGAAACAGUGUCACCGUGAUUAUGGUGUUAUCUACCUCCCCAACGAGGAACCCGUCGAUGGCCGUUGCCCUGUUGGGUCAUGCCGGCUCGAUAUUCUACAAUUUAAAAGGACAGAGAGAAGCUCACACAUUCACAACUGCAUCCUCAAGCAAAAAGCCCGGGAUCUGAAUAUAGCUGAGGCAGAGCUGAUCUACUGUUACGAGUGUAUGGCCUGGUGCUUCAAACGCGAGUGGCGUGACCACUGUGAGAAACACAUCCAAUCGUGGAAUGACCGCCACUGUGAGGUCAUUAUAUAUCGCUAUACUGUGAUCCGCCCUGGAUACUGUCCAUGUUGUCUCUGGAAUGAAAGCCUACCAGCUGACGAGAGGCUGAAGCCCUGGCUGCGCAGUGCAGAUUUGCGAGAACAUAUUGAGAAAUGCCACAUUGAGAAGUUUGACUGGCCAUUGAAAGAGUCCGUUUGUGGCUGCACCAAAUUAGUCAAAUCAGAGAGUGACUUUCGGUAUCAUCUACAUGAUGUUCACGGCUUAACUGACAAGAUAUGGAAAACGAACAAACCCCGCACGGGCAAAAGAAGAGUCCGGACCGAAUCAGCAGGCAGAAGAAGGAAAGAUGGAGGACCGAGCCCGAAGAAAAUACGGUUCCACUACUAUCAGCCUCACUGUCAAGGUCGGCAACAAGCUGUUGAGUCCUCCGCACCAUCCGUGACUCAGCUGUCUCCCGCAGUUGAGAUUCAGAGUGGGUUUGCCGACACAGAGGAUGCAAGUUUUCACCGCGGUGAUACUGGGACCAGCUCGUCCAAUGACUGUGGUGACGAAAUAUCGACUGCGUGUUCGGGCCAGACUUCUGUCCGCACAACUCCUGACCUUGGUUUGAUCGACCCGCGGCUCUUUGAGCCUGGGCCCUUGCUGGAUAAAAGUGUGCCCUUAUCGACAGAAGUGUGUGCUCCUUCUGAUAAUCGCCCUUCAUCUUCAAACUCGGCCAAAGAUACUCAGUACCACGACAUCACUGAGAUCCGUUCCUGGGGACCCUCCAGCACUCCGGACAUCUGCAACCGCGAGAGCGACCACAUGAGCCCUACAGUAUGGCGGAAGCCCGAGCCCAAACCGGCCGUCAAGAGAAAAGGAGGUACCGGUGCGCAGCGAAAGAGAGUUGGAACCAAUGACGAAGGAGAAACACCGGAGAAAAUCAAGUUUCUUCACUCUCAGCCUGUCCCACUUCAUCGACCGUUUGCCGUUGAGCCUCACUUGCCCACCGCCAUCAAUCUACCGCCUCAUGACACCGCGCAGGCCGGGUUCGUAAACCAACAGCAUGUCGAAGUUGACCACAACGCUCGCGUUCAUACCAGAGCCAGCUCAGACAGUGAGAUCAACAUGGGUGAUAUUUCGACUGUGACUUCGCCGCUCAGUUGUACGUGCAUGACUCCUGGCCUUGACCUCAUCGACCCCAGGCCUCUUGAGCCAGGAUUCUCGGGAGAAGAUGGUAUCACCUUGGCAAAUACGGUGCCCAACACUCCUGCUCAUCGGCCCUCUUCCUCGAACGAUGGCGAAGAUACUAGACAGGGCGUCAAGACCGUAGCUCAGUCUUGCGAGCAUUCGAGCUCGUUGUGCAUCAGUGGCAAAGCUUGCGAUCGUGAGGUCGCUCGCGUCGUCGAGCCCACAGCAUCUCCGGGCCGCGCGAAGCCACACGCCGAUAUAGCGUGGGUUGAUGGCGGUAGCCUCGAAGACGGUGUACCUCGCGGUGAUACGCCAGCUCCUCGACGUGCACGGACACCAUUCUCCAGCAGCUCACCUGCGAAUUUCUCGCAAUCAUUGGCGCCCAAGACCAGAGGCAGAAUGACGCCUAGAUACUCUUCGAAGUCUCCAAAUACUGGGUACAUUUCAAAAGCUGACUCUUUGCUAGCGCCCGGAGAAAGAAGCGCGCUUUGCCGGUUGAAAAGUCAAAAUUUGACCUGGAGGCAAAUUAUGCCCCAUUUUCCUGAAAAGUCCGUCGCCGCCUUGCGACAAGCCUGGAUGGACAUGGAGCAUUCUUCAGUACAACGUCACACGAGAUCUCUGAGGAAGACACGGCGAUAAUUCGGAAUCUUCCACUGGCAUUCCGUAUCACCCUCAUUGUUUGACAAAGUAGUUCCUAUAUUUGUAGCAACACCCCGAAUCAGAGAAGUAACUAUACUUAGGGAAGGAUGGGCAUAGUUCCCAAACCCAGAAUAAACUGUGACCUGAAGCCAAAGAGUUCUUUGGGUCUACGGCCAAUUACUAAGCCAAGACUAAAGAGGGCAGUGGUCUCUUCGAGCCAGACGCCCUGCCAAAGCCCAUUUAGAGUGUCGUAUCAUCGCACCCUGACCUGAGCUACCCAAUAUAAUUAUCUUAUACCCACCCAUCCAGUAAAGAAAUCGAAGUUUGCCCAAGCGCUAGCCCUUCACUAACGUGAAUAAGACGAGUCCCCGUCUACACCAGAUCGUAUCUAAAUAUGUCAGCACAACGGAGACAUACUACUGAAUCUAACUAGAAUUCAACGUCUCUUGUGGACUGGUCGCCACUCCUUCCCGUUCCAAUGACAAUGACCAUGCUGGACGAUAUCUUAUCCCGUCAGAUGACUCGCAGUCGAACGACGCGCGGUAGACUACCACCUUUCUAAUUCGUUCGACCACAGGAUCCAGACUCCAGGACACCACCCUCUUAGAUGUCAAGGAGGGUGGUCCACUUUGGUGCUUUGGAUAAGUCGUAAAACGAAGUUCGAUAUUGCGAGAAAUUAAUGUCGUACGUGUAUCUCUGACCCACUAACAGAGGCAGAAUACAAAAUAUUCCCUCGGAACACCACCCCCUCAUCAGCCGCUGAAAGUAAUAUCCUGGUAACCAUCGGAGCACCCGGCGACAGCCUCGAAGUUACGCCCGGGUAAUUCGAUCCUUUGGGCUUGUCUAGAGAUUUUCUUUGAUGAAGUAUCAUGGUCGCUCGGGCAUCUUGUUCUUUGACCCAGUUUCUAUCUGCUACUGACCAGUAUUUUCACACUAACACGAAGCAUUCGGGAGCUCUUCUGUGCCUUGAAUGACACUAUGCUCUCGACCGCGCGGAUGAACAUCCUAGUCGUUUCCAUUAGCGUCGUUGUAUACAACUCGUUCUAUACAAAUCUAUUCUCCCCGAAGCUCCAGGCAAUUGUUGACCUACUACCGUCGUACGGUUUCCUAACAAGUAUUCGUAAAGAGAAGACAAUUUUAUCUUUGAUCGAGAUCUCGUUUUAGUCGGGUGUAGAGCCAUUUAAUAUCAGCGUGAUACCUUUUCCAACCCAGCCAAAUAUCGUGCGUUGUGCUAGCGCAAGGAAUGCUGCUUGCAAAUAGAAAAAGCCCUCCCAAAGGUAGUGACGAUAUAGAUCUUUCAGGCUGAUAAAAGCCCAGCCUUGAAGAGAGAGCACCGACAAAAGUCGAGGGUCGCCAUGUUUUCCAACAAAGAUACGGUAUUAUAUUCUGUUCCUACUAUCAAUUAUCUCAGCUACUUAAACACAGCUUGCCCAAGCGCCGGACUUCAGUGAGCUAGGGUACUUGCAUCGUGACAUUCUUGGUCAAAACGAAUUCACGCGUCGUCGUUCUUCCUGGUCAUCCUGUAGUCGAGGUUUCCAGGUACAGAAAUACUCAUCUGGCCCGCCGCCUAACACCGACAACAGUAAUAAUUGACCGGGACGAUCAAGCACUCUGCAGUUGUUAGCAUCUUUCACAUUGGGUGCUGCGUUCUUUUCAAUCGUGCGCGCUUGCCCGUGGAUUCAUCUCGCAACUCUAGCGGC